GAAACGCUGUUCUAUGGUUUUAACCCUUUUGAGGAGGUGGCAAAGGAGCAGAGAUUGAAGCCAGAGUUUCCUCCCCUUCCUGAUCUGGGACCUCUGCUAACCAUGGAGAACAUGGAAGCAAUCAUCCUCGUGAUCCUGGCCACCCACAGCUUGGUCCGGCUCCACUUGCACCGGGGGGGCGUCGCGGCCCGAGCCCGGAGGACCAUUCGUCGAGUGAUGGCCCACCAUAUCUCACUCCUCCACCAGCUCCUGCCAGACAUCUGUCCCGAGAGUGAGACUAGGCUGAUUGCCGAGGAGCUGGACGCCGGGCCACACCGCUUCUGGUCCCGCCAGAUCACCCAGGACUGGUGGGAGCGGGUGGUGCUGGAGACCUGGGAUCCCGACCAGUGGCUGCAGAACUUCCGCAUGACCAAGGACACCUUCCUGGAGCUCUGCGAUGCACUUCGGCCAGAGCUGCACCGCCAGACCACCACCAUGAGGGCCCCGCUGAGCGUGGAGAAGCGGACAGGCAUUGCCCUCUGGAAGCUGGCCACCACCGAGUGCUACCGGGCAGUAGCUGACCGCUUUGGAGUUGGGCGCUCCACCGUUGGAGAGGUCUUCAUCGAAGUCUGCCUGGCAAUUGAGAAGCUCCUCUUCAAGAAGUUGGUGGUUCUCAAAGACCCUCAGGAGGUUAUGGCGGGAUUUGCGAAUAUGCGCUUCCCAAACUGCGUGGGGGUUGUGGACCGGACCCAGAUCCCCAUCCUCUGUACGGUGCGGAAGGGGACCAGCGUCAGCCAGAAGGGCUUCUUCCCAAUGUCGUUGCAAGCCCUAGUGGACCACAGGGGCCGCUUCGUCGAUAUCGAACUCAGCUGGUGUGGAAAAGAUGAAAAUGCCUCCUUCUUCCGUAACCAGGUGCUGUGCGAUGGCAUGGACCAGGGGUCUUUCGUGCCUGGGAAUCCCACCGUGACCAUCAGCAAUGUCGAGAUCCCCCCAUUGAUCUUGGCUGACACCAACUAUCCCUUGAAGCGAUGGCUUAUGACUCCCUUCACCGACAACCUCGACCCGUCCAAAAGGCGUUUCAACUCCCGCUUGGAGGACUGCAAGAAGAUCGCCGAACUCGCCUUUGGGAGGCUGAAGGGCCGGUGGAAAUGCUUGGCCACGCGCUUGGAGGUGUCAGAAGACAAUAUCAUCCCUGUCGUCGUGGGGUGUGUCGUCCUCCACAACAUCUGUGAGAACCGCGGGCACGAUUUGGUGGAUGCGCUGUGUUCGGAAGACCAGAGUGUGUUUGACCAGGCCCCAGAGGGACUACUCUCCUUCCCAACGUCCCUAGAAGAUCAGCAGAAUGGGAUCCUAGUGAGAGAUACUCUAGCAAACUACUUUAUGAAUAGUGCCUAACUCAUCUUUCAAGGACUUUGCGACAACAAAGGCACCAUUGUUUCAAAUGCCUUCUUUGACCAUUCAGCUAAGGAUGGCGAAAUGCUUCCAGAAGAAGAUGAGUUAUCCAUUCUCAAUCAAGAGAGGAUCUCUUAAACAAGCAAGAUGUCAAAAGAGAUGCAGGAGCGGAGUAGAAAAUAAAGGGUUUUUUUACUUUAUUUCCCUCUAGAUAGAUAUCAUAGGCCGCCCACUUGAAGGUUGAGCAUCCACUCUCAAACAAGAGAAGGCAAGAGAGGAUCUCUUAAAGAAGCAAAACACCCAAAAUGAUGCAGGAGUGGGGUAGAGGAGAUACACUUUUAUGGAGGUUAUGGAUAAAGAAUGAGUGUGUGAGUUGUUUAUUGUACUAGCCACAGGCCAUAACAUCAAAUAAAAUACAACUCUUAAAAGUACAGUAUACACUUUCCAAUAUAAACAUUAAAACUUUUUAUCUAAA